AUGCGACCCGCUGAGGAAAAGUUCUAUUUCUAUUACUUCCUGGUUCAUAUCCCAAUCACGACCUUCAUUGAUGCAUCGGUUGUGCUGCCCGGAAAUCUCCAGUUUUCCAAAGAUUUAGUGGCAUGGCAUAUCAAGAACAACAAUGACUUCUUGCUGUAUGAGAAACCACUUUGGCUCAAAGCGUUUGUUCUUGUUGAGCUGCUCUUUCAAUUGCCAGGGUUUUUCUGGUUUGUCAUUAAAUUCAAAGAAGUUUGGAGGCUACGAAACCACGAUUCCAAGGAAACCAAGGCUCUACUCAAAUCUACAGAAAACACUCUGACUAAGUGGCUACACGUUUACGGGUGGAAUGCAUCGGCUACAACUUUCAUUUGUCUCAUCACCGUUUGGCUCAGGGGAUAUUAUCCUUUUGGAGACUUUCUGCCAAUGCCACAUAAGGCAAAAUUCAAGCUUAUUUCGCUCUACAUUCCUUACCUUUUGAUUCCAUUACGGCUGCUGUUUGUAUAA